GGUACCGGACACCGGGAGCGGGGCGGCGGCUCCGCCUCUUCCUGCGGCGGGCGGCAGCGAUGCCCGUGGAGCCCCUGGUGUGUCCCCACACGGCCACGCGGGUGAGCUCCGUGCUGAACCGGGAUGUGAAGCACUUCGGGAAGCAGCACCUGUUCGAUGGCAGCCAGGAAACCUGCUGGAACUCGGACCAGGGCACAUCCCAGUGGGUGACGCUGGAUUUCCCCCGCCCUGUCAAGGUCUCCGAGCUGCAGAUCCAGUUCCAGGGGGGAUUUUCCAGCCGGCUGUGCACGCUGGAAGGCUGCAGAACAGGCGAGGAACUGGUGAAAAUCUCCGAGCUGUACCCCCAGGACAGCCACGCCAUGCAGAGAUUCCAGGUGGAGGAGACGGUGCUGGAUAAGCUGAAGAUCACCUUUGGGAGCAGCACGGAUUUCUUUGGCAGGGUGGUGGUUUAUCACCUGGGGGUGCUGGGGGAGAGGCUCUAGGGGGGACCCCGGGGGCUGUCCCCAACCUGGGGGCUCUGAAAACCCCAUGAGGGGGGUCCCUGUCCCUUGAGGUGACACCGGUGAGGCUGUGCUGGGGUACAGGUGUGGAAUGGGAUCAAUAAAAGAUAUUCCUGUUUUUCCUGGAA